UUGCGACCAUGCCCCUGUACUGGACGGACGGACUCCACAUGUCAGGCGAAAAGUCACAUUUUCGCCCCAUAGGUUUGACAUUUGUUGUUUAUGCGGACAUGUGUUUUGUGAAUUUGUAAGCUAAAGGUAGCAGAAAAUCUAGAAACGUGUUUAUUGGCAUUUAUUCGUAUUGCAGUGGUUGAAAUCUAUUUAAAAAAACGACAAAACAAUGGCAUCUUUACGCGUGAAAAAACCAACCACACGCCGGGGUAGAAAAUCUUUGGAAGAACGAGAGCCAAAAACGAUAGAAAAUCUAAAGAAAACGCUCAUCAUGGAAGGACGAAAGACUUCGAAUGAUAUUCGGCAAGCGUUGAGGGAUUUCAAUUUGCUGAAGAAACCCCACACGCGUUUGAUGAGACGAAACAACGACGUUAGUCCGUUUGAAGAUGCAUCCCUUUUGGAACACUUGGCAAAAAUAAACGAUUGCCAUCUGUUUCUGUUCGGAUCGUCAUCGAAAAAGCGUCCAAACAAUCUGGUCAUGGGACGGCGGUAUGACGAUCAGAUACUGGAUAUGAUCGAGUUCGGCAUCGAGCACUACACGGCGCUGGAGAAGUUCAAGACAGAAAAAAUUUCACAAUACAACAAGCCGGUCAUCAUUUUCAAUGGCUACAAAUGGAAGCUAACGGAGGAGCUGCGGCGCAUCAAGAGUUUGCUGCUGGACAUGUUCCGAGUCGAUGCGAUCGAUACGAUGCGUCUGCAGGGAAUCGAACACGUGCUAAGUUUUACGCUUGCAGAUGAUCUAACCAUUUUGGUGCGUUCAUAUCGGAUCCAGCUGAAGAAGAGUGGACAACGAACGCCCCGUAUUGAGCUGGUUGAAAUGGGACCCUCGCUAGAUCUGUCCGUACGCCGCACCAAGAUUGCCUCGGACAAUCUGUACAAGCUGGCAAUGAAGCAACCGGCUGUGCUGCAGGUGGCCAAGAGGAAGAACGUAACGCGCGACGAGUUGGGCAAUGUGCAUGGCCGAGUGCACGUUGGCAAGCAGGACAUAAACGUACUGCAGACAAGGAAGAUGAAGGGUUUGCGAAAAACGGCCGAAGAGAAGCGGCAGGAGAAGCUGAACAAGCAGAAAAGAAACUCGGCAAAUGCGGACGCUUCGAUGGAUGAAGAUAUGGAUGGCGAUUCGAACGCUGAGGGGGAUGAAAAUAUGGACGAUGACAAUGGGGAAGAAUGAUGAGCGAGAAUGAAUCGCGGCAGGUAAUAAUAAACUCAAAACUGAAUUCCAUCAUA